ACAAGGAGCCCCUUCAGCACGCCCUGAGCUCUGCAGUGCGCACGGCACGGGGAGGGAAACCCAAGCUGCUGGGGGAAGCAGUGGCUGUGAGCACCGUGCUGGCAUGGGUCCGGAUGCAGCCGAGCACCAUCCCUACAACCUGCCUGGCACUGGGGAGCCACAGAGCUGUGGGAGCCCCGCAGCAGAGCUGAGGAUGGAGCACGUGUCUUUCAGGAUCCAGGCAGGUGCCUCCCUGCUGGCGGUGCGGCUGCAGGACCGGUCCGGAUGGCUGCUGGCCUGCCACGAGCGCUGGCAGCCCACGCUGGGCACACGGCUGUGCCGGCACCUCGGGGCACUCAGGUGGGUGCCAGUAGGGAUGCAGGUCAGUGGGAGCAGGGCAGCAGCCCACCCCUCCCUGGGCUGCUGCUGUUCUUUCUGCAGAGCGAUACAUCAGAAGGGGGUGAACCUGACGGACGUGAGGGUGGAGGACGGGCAGGAGUUUGCCCAGGUGGGGUCCAGCCUGGAUGAUGUGUGGCAGAUCAGGAGCAGCUGCGAGUCGGGCCGCGUUGUGGCACUGCAGUGCUCAGGUACAGGGCUGCCCUCAGCACGGGACCUGUGGUGGGGGCGCAGGGUCUGUGCUGGGGGCUCUGGGCUGCCCCGGGGGCCCUUCUGUCCCCUCAGCUACCGGUGGCAGAGCGCAUCGGGCUGGACGGUGCAUGCUGGUGUUGCUCAUGGCUCGGCCACGCAGGAGGCCGGGGUGCUGGUGGAGAGAAUUAUUUCUCACCCGCUGUACAACGAUAACAGCAUGGACUACGACAUCGCUCUGAUGAAGCUGCGAGUUCCCUUGAAUUUCUCAGACGCCAUUGGAGCUCUGUGCCUGCUGCCCUCCCACCAGGACCUGCUCCCAGGCACGCCGUGCUGGGUGUCGGGCUGGGGCUACACCAGGCCUGACCAAGCACAGCUCACUGAGACGCUGAAGGAAGCCCUGGUGCCGUUGAUCAGCACCCAGAGGUGCAACAGCUCGUGCAUGUAUGCAGGAGAGCUCACGGCCAGGAUGCUGUGCGCCGGGUACCAGCAGGGGAAGAUCGAUGCCUGCCAGGUGAUGGGCGGCCGGGGGCAGGAGCACAGCAGCGGGGCUUCGGGGCUGAGCGCCGCUGUGCUCCAUCCCUGCUCUGUGCAGGGUGACAGCGGGGGCGCCCUGGUGUGCCAGGAUGAGCUGGCGUGGCGCCUGGUGGGCAUCGUCAGCUGGGGCCGAGACUGUGCUGAGCCAAACCGCCCGGGGGUUUACACCAACGUGCCUCAGCUUCUGCCCUGGAUUUAUGGCGUCACUGAGAUCUACUAGAAGCAAGGGGAAACCUCCCGCAUCGACGCACGGCCCAUUGCACAUCUGAGUGAAGAAAAGCCCAGGGCUAAUUCCCACUGUUCCUGUGACCCCCAAAGGAACGGCCCCAGGCACCACCAGAACACGUGGCCGGUAUAAACAGUUUAUUAAAGAAAAUAGCAAAUUGCAUUUCUGUGAACGAUGCCCACGGGAGAAGCGGCGUUUGGUUUUUUACUGAGUGCUGUGUGUGAAAGGACAAGGACUCCCCAGAGAUGCGAGUGGUGUGGGAACGUUCUGAGCCCUUGGCUGUGAGAGGGGAAGGGGGGAAAUAAUACACAAGAUAAAAGGAAAAGCUGGAGGUCCAAGUGAUGCCUGCCAUCCCUGCUGCCUUCCUGCAGGCUGGAUGCGGCGUGAGCUGCUGAGUUCUGCACCCAUGGUCAGGAAUGCAAAGAGAAUGCAGAUCAAAGCCCAAAUGAAAAGGAUCCAAUGGUAUUAAAAUAUUCAGCUCUCAAGGACUGAAACUUUUGUCUGCAAGCAUUACAUGGUAGGA